CUCAGGUACGUCUCAAUUCCAAAUCCUCCGAACAGAGCCAGCUGCCAGCUCACCACUGCAACCACGACGCCCGUUGUAUCUUUGAUCAAUUGACCUUAAUGCAUUGGUGAAUAAAGGGGGCUUGAAUUCCCCCUCAGAACGCCUCCACGGCUUGGAGGCGGUCUUGGAGGACUAGGAGCAGGCGGUGGAGGGGAGGAGGCGUUGGUGGAGGCGGUGGACGAGCGGUGCUGGCCCUGGGAACAGCGGGCAGACAGAGGCGUCGGGUGUCUCGGCGGUGCGCGCCCACAGCCGGCAGGCGGGACCAGCGUGGGAACGCGGCGGGCUGGUGCGAACUGCGUCCUCGGCACAAUGGUCGGGCUCGUCUGGGUUUUCUUCCCUGCGAUCUUCUUGGAGAUGUCCCUUCUCCCCAGAAGCCCCGGAAGGAGACUCUUGCUGGCAGGAGCCUCUUCUCAGCGAUCGGUGGCCAGAAUGGACGGAGAUGUCAUCAUCGGGGCCCUCUUCUCGGUCCACCACCAGCCUCCCGCCGAGAAGGUGCCAGAGAGGAAGUGUGGGGAGAUCAGGGAGCAGUAUGGCAUCCAGAGGGUGGAGGCCAUGUUCCACACCUUGGAUAAGAUCAACGCGGACCCGGCGCUCCUGCCCAACAUCACCCUGGGCAGUGAGAUCCGGGACUCCUGCUGGCACUCCUCUGUGGCUCUGGAGCAGAGCAUUGAGUUCAUCAGGGACUCCCUGAUUUCCAUGAGAGACGAGAAGGAUGGGCUCAACCGGUGCCUGCCUGACGGCCAGCCCCUCCCCCCAGGCAGGACUAAGAAGCCCAUUGCAGGCGUGAUAGGCCCGGGCUCCAGCUCCGUGGCUAUUCAAGUGCAGAACCUGCUCCAGCUCUUCGACAUCCCCCAGAUCGCUUAUUCCGCUACCAGCAUCGACUUGAGUGACAAAACUUUGUACAAAUACUUCCUGAGGGUUGUCCCUUCUGACACUUUGCAGGCAAGGGCGAUGCUUGACAUAGUCAAGCGUUACAAUUGGACCUAUGUCUCCGCAGUCCACACCGAAGGGAAUUAUGGAGAGAGUGGAAUGGAUGCUUUCAAAGAGUUGGCUGCCCAGGAAGGCCUCUGCAUUGCCCAUUCGGACAAAAUCUACAGCAAUGCUGGGGAGAAGAGCUUUGACCGACUCCUGCGCAAGCUCCGAGAGCGGCUUCCCAAGGCCAGAGUGGUGGUCUGCUUCUGCGAAGGCAUGACCGUUCGAGGUCUUCUGAGCGCCAUGAGGCGCCUUGGCGUGGUGGGCGAGUUCUUACUCAUCGGCAGUGAUGGAUGGGCAGACAGAGAUGAAGUCAUUGAAGGUUAUGAGGUGGAAGCCAACGGGGGAAUCACCAUAAAGCUGCAGUCUCCAGAGGUCAGGUCAUUUGAUGAUUAUUUCCUGAAACUGAGGCUGGACACUAACACGAGGAAUCCUUGGUUCCCUGAGUUCUGGCAACAUCGGUUCCAGUGCCGCCUACCAGGACACCUUCUGGAAAAUCCCAACUUUAAAAGAAUCUGCACAGCGCUGCUGCCUCUUUUGUCAGUUGCUGAGAAAGUAGGAUACGCCCUCAAACCUUGGAAAAUAUUUGAGCUUUCCUUCUCUGAAAGGUUUUCACUUUAUACUGAUUCUGACUUUCACAAGUCUUAUUAUAAUUCUUUGGGUACAAACUUCAAAGGCCCAUUUCAUCAUGUCUCUGCAAGAUACACCAAGACAUCAGAGAUUCCCCAGAAGUCUGGUUGUGUGUCUUAUAGCCAGAGCCUGGGCCUUCCGGUGAAUCCUAGUUUGUGCUUUUUCAAGAAUUUUUCAUUUAUCUAUGUAUUAAUCAUUGAGUGA